AAAUAUUCUUCAAUUUGUAGGUUAAAGACGAUACAAGUAUAGUUCGUUCUGAUCAUGUAAUCUUAUAAUUGAAGAAAAAGUUUUAAUUAAAAAAUUGUAAAAUAUGGCACAAUUACCAACAGGAAUUGUAAGUCAUUCUCAAAAAGUUUGUAGCUUAUACAAACGAGCUUUGUUAUGUCUUAAGGCAUAUUAUCAUGAUCGAUUAGAAUUCAGAUAUCAGGCUGUAAAACUUCGCCAACGCUUCGAUAAAAAUGCACGUAUCGCAGAUUUAAGAUUAGCGAAGCAUCUAUUACAUGAAGGAGAAGAGGAAUUAUUUUACAAAGAACAUCCUCAACCGUUCAUAUAUCCCGAUGCUCCAGGAGGUGUUGCAUAUAAUCGAGAUCCCAUAGUCCCUGAUAGCUUAUUAGAUAAAUGGCAUCCAAUUGAAAAAGCUAUGUAUCCUAAAUACUUUGCACGCCGUGAACAACGUAAAAAAGAAUACUUAGAAUGGUAUUAUAAGCAAUAUCCGCAAAAGAAACCAGUUGACGAUGAACCUUAUUGAAAAGAUUGCUAAAAUGGAAUAAUUAGAUAUAUCAUACUCAGUAAGUAUAGAAACAGAAUGCAGGGCGUGACUGUAUAUAGAACUGACAUCUUUCCUGUGUAUCGUCGAUAAUUCGUAGCAUUAUUAAUAAAAUUGUUCAAUUGAUAUUUCCUUGAAACUCAAA